AUGAGCAAAUAUCUGCUCGACGGACGCCUAUCGCAUAGGGGCUGCCUCGGAGCUCGACUGGCCCUGGCGCGGCCUGCCCCUGUUGGGCACUUGCUGCGAAGCGCCAGUCCAGCUCGAGCCCUCCACGCCGCGACCAACGGCGCCCCGACGAGCUCGCAGACCCCUGCUGUGCCUCUCCGCAAGCAAUUGAAGGAGGAGGCAAAGCUUGCCAAGAAGCAGGGCAAGAAAAGGUCCAAGGGCGACUCCCAGACCGUCGAUGGCUGGGAGCUCACGGUCGGCAUCGAAAUUCACGCCCAGCUCAACACCUCGCGCAAGCUCUUCUCACCUGCCACCACAUCGUUCAAUGACGAACCCAACAGUCAUGUUGCCCUCUUCGACGUGGCCAUGCCCGGCAGCCAACCGCUCGUACAAAAAGAAGUCCUGCUCCCGGCCCUCCGAGCGGCUCUCGCCCUGAAUUGCGACAUCCAGCGCGUCAGCCGAUUCGACCGGAAACAUUACUUUUGGUGGGACCAGCCCUCUGGGUAUCAAAUCACCCAGUACUACGAACCGCUCGCCAAAGAUGGGCACAUGACUCUGUAUGCAAGAGAUGGCAUCGCCCUAGAGGACGGCGAGAGUGUCACCGUGGGCAUCAAGCAGGUCCAGUUGGAGCAGGACACGGCCAAGACGCUGGCACAGACGGGCAAUGUGUCGUGGCUUGACUUUAACCGCGUCGGCGUGCCUCUGAUUGAAAUCAUCACGGACCCGGACUUGCACCAUCCGCGUACGGCUGCCGUUCUCGUCCGCAAGAUUCAGCUCCUGCUCAACACCGUGGACGCCUGUGUCUCUGGCAUGGAGACUGGCGGGCUUCGCGCCGACGUCAAUGUUUCCGUGCGUAGGACAGACGACCCAACGCAACGGCUGGGGACGAGGACUGAGAUCAAGAACUUGAGCACAAUCAAAGCCGUCGAGGAUGCCAUCAUUGCCGAAAGGGACCGCCAGAUCCGAGAGCUCGAAGCCGGUGGCGUCAUCGCAGGCGAGACGCGAGGCUGGACUUUGGGCUCCAAGGAGACGCGGCGGCUCCGCGGCAAAGAGGGCGAGGUCGACUACCGCUACAUGCCGGACCCUGACAUCGGCCCGCUGGUGCUUGGCAAUGACCUCGUCCAACAACUGCAAAAGUCACUUUCUGUUUUGCCCGACACGGAACUUGACAAGCUCAUCGACGACUAUGGCCUGACGGCAAAGGAUGCCCUGUCUCUCAUCACGCUGGAUAACGGAGCUCGCGUCCAGUACUUUUACAAGGUCUUGGACAGCAUCCAGAAGAUGAUUGCGGCCGAGUUUGCCGCGAGCACGAUGCCCGAUUUCAAGAGCUACUCGACGCUUGCCGGCAAUUGGAUCAUCCACGAGCUGGGCCGCCUGACGACGUACAAGGCGGGACCGCUCGCAUCUGGAGAGCUUUCGUUCACGGCGGAUGGCGAGUGCGCCCAGGUGCCAGGCGCAGCGCUGUCGCAGCUCCUGUACCACCUCUACUGCAAGCACAUCACGGGCAAGGUGGCCAAGGAGCUGCUCCUAGCCAUCUAUCUCGGCGAGCUGGAGGGCGGAGUCCUCGAAGCAAUCGACGCCAACGACCUUUGGUUCAAGGAGAUUACGCGGGACGAGUACUCUGCCCUCGUGGAAGAAGCCAUUGCGGGAGAGGACAAGGUGCUGCAGGAGUUUGUCGACUACAAGCGCUUUCCCGAGGGCAAGCUGAUGUGGUUGGUGGGCAAGAUGAUGCGCCUCGGCCCGACGGAGCGCAUCGACCCGGCGACUGCCGAGAGUGCAAUGAGAGCCCGCGUCGCGCAGCUGCGGGCGACAUAG